UUUUGUUCCUCAAUAUGAUGAUAAACAGAGGAUUAUCGGAUGUGGAAAGAUGAUCGCUCACAGUGGCAGUUAAUAUCUCAAUCUGCAUCAUAAUUUAAACGAAUGAUGGCAGUUAAGUUGUAUUUAAAACAGUUUGUGAAUUUUCACGUUGAUAUGUAUCACAAUGCAUUGAUAUCGGGAAGAUUUUAACAUUCCCCAUAGAUCAUUGGCGGAUUUUGUUAAUACUCUUUGGAGUUUCUUUGAUAAAUAACCAAAUCGUAGCAGUGUUGAAGAUUUGUUUCAAGUUUACUCUUAAAAAGUGGUGCUUAUCUAAACGGAAAACACUUCGUCAGGCUGGUGAAUGGGCAGUUGUCACUGAUGCAUCGUCAGGUAUUGGUGAAGCAUAUGCAGAAGAACUGGCCAAAGAGGGUCUCAAUAUCAUGCUUAUCAGUAAUGAUGAAGAACAACUAUCAACCGUUGCUGAUCAAAUCACAAAUACCUACAAUGUUCAAACACGAAUUGUGGUUGCAGAUUUCACUAAAAAUGAUGUUUAUGAAAUAAUAAGACCUGCUGUUGACCAACUGUCCACAAUUGCUUGUUUAGUUAACAAUGUUGGUAUGGUGUUACCCUUCGAGUUGUUUGCUGGAGAAGUUGAUUCACCGAAUGAAGAAUCAAUUAGAAAUAUCAUUCAUUGUAACAUUUUAUCUACACUGAUAAUGACAAACAUGAUUCUGCCGAAAAUGUUAACACAGAAAGGACCUAAUCCUGGUAUCAUAAACAUUUCAUCUUAUUCCGGUUUGAAAGUGUAUCCGCAUGCUACAUUGUACUCUUCAACCAAAGCAUCUAUUAUUCAAUUUUCCAGAUGUUUGGCUGCAGAAAAGUAUAAAAAGAAUGUGAUUAUACAAACGAUUUGUCCAUUAUGUGUAUCUACAAAUAUGACCAAUUUUAUGAAAACCACAUAUUUCAUACCAACUGCUAAAGUCUUUGCUAAAAGUGCAUUGGAUAUGUUUGGUGUUGAACAACAAACUACUGGUUAUUUUCCACAUGAGUUAAAAGCAUAUCUUUACGAUUUGUUACCGGCAAUAAUUUCUAAACAACUCAUGAAACUAAAAACAAAUUCACAACUAAACAAAGCUUGAAAUAUUUACCUAAAAUCUGCAAAUGAUCUUAUUAUUCUGUGAUAAUCUGUUGUCUAUCAUUAUCAUCAUCUCAAUAUCUAACCCAUUUCAAACUAAUCAGAAAUUGAUUUAAUAUCUCAGUUUUGUUUGUUCUAAAUAGUAAAACACGCAUGUAUUUGACAAUAUAUUCAGUUCAAUUAGUCAGCAUGGUAUUCCCAAACUGUAAUACUGGUUUUAACGUAAAAUAUAAAUAAAGUUUAUAAAUCUAUGUUCAGACUUUCUCAACUCCAGCUUUUAUUCCUUAUGCCUGCUCGAGUAUCCGGGAUUCCAGAGCCUAAUAACUGGAUAUUUCAACGAGUUAGUUGUGUUCUUCCGUUUGUUUUAACACAUCACUAUAUCUGUAUAUCAGUUAACCCUAUUCAUGUGUAUUCAUGAAACGUUUACAACCUUUCGCUGUACAAGUUACAAAAAAGCCCAGAGCUAACGAUGUCUCCACGAUUGUGGUUGCUGACAAUAUGCAGCGACGGGAAUGUUUAUUAUUUACAUCUCGAUCCCUCAAAUGCUAAAUUCUAAAUGGCGACCAUUCAAUAUUUAUCGUCAGGAUCGACCAAGAAACGUGUUGAAGUAUUUUGUGCUGAGAAUUCCAUGUUGUUCCAAAAAUAUAUUACUGAAUAAAGCUAAUAUUAAUAGCGUCAACAAUUCGAGUUUCUCUCGGCUUACAUUAGGUCAAUUGAAAACAAAAAUAUCUUCAUAAAACACCAGUUUAAGUGUUGAUUACAUAUUCGCAGAUGUUUAUUAUAUAAAGUGAAACGCAGAUCUACAGAGACAGAUAUUCAUCCGUGAAUUCCUUGAUACUUAUCAAAAACAGUCAAACACUGAUAGAUUUUUAACUAUCAACACAUAUGGUUUAAUCACGUUAUGGCACAAUUUCGACAUCUUUUAUGUCUUGAAUAAGCUUCGCGAUUAUUAUACAACCUAACGAUAGGUUUCACAUGUUCUAAUUGCAACACACGACCAACUGAGGUUCAGCGACUUCAGGGUUGAUACAUAUUAUAUAUUUAUAUGCUGCUGAAUGAUUGUUAUGCAAUAUCACAAAAGGAACGACCUUAUAAAUAUAAAACCAUUACGUGGUAACUGAAUACCUAAAACGUAUUGUGCUUAUCACAAGACUAGUGUUUGACUCCACACGGCUUUGUAUUUGCUCAAUACUUAGUGAUACUACGCGGCGAGACCAUAAUUUGUGUUGUGGUAUUUGAAGAUAUUGAGGUUAAACGUUAAUACAAUGCCGGAAUAAACAGACUCAUGAUGGUAUCUCUUCCACUUUUGCACAAAUUUCAAAACGUAAUUACAGUAGGCUUGUAGCAGAAGAAGAGCUUAUGAAAACGCAACCAUUUUCUAAUCUGAGAAAAGUUUGACCAAUCAAGAUGUGUCUGUUGUUUACACUCACAAUAUUUCUAGGGUGUUUGUGGAGUUUCUCACGAUCUUCCACAUAGCAUAACUUCCACGGAAUAGACAACUCACUUCGACAUCUUGAUGGCGAGAGGAAGAAAGUGGCACGGCAAGCAGAACCAUUGCAAGAACGGUUUCUUUAAAAGGAAGACGAGUGUGGUGUGAGCUACUUAGAUCCACAACAGUAGUAUAUAACGAUGGUCAGGAAUAGAAUGUAUUUCAAUAAAAGAUUGAGAAGGAAAGAGCUGAAACGGGAGCAAUCGGUAUGAAAAUGUAGGAACAAUGAAGUCUGAGAGGAUGGACUGAUAUUUGAAAAACGAACAGCCAAGUUUAAAACAAUGGAUCGAUAUUUUACAAAUGAAGUAUUUGCUGUAUGUUUCCUAGAUUUUAGUGAAAUAUUCUGUAAUUUCGUGUCAAAAUACUUUUGAUUGCCCCCACUCAUGUUUUUAUUCACUACAGUAUGAAUAUGAUUCCUCACCAGAAAGCUUUUAUUUUACACAGAAACAACCAACUUCUAGAGUUAAAAAGCUCAUCUCAUUCACACUAUAUCAAAAAUUGUGUUCUAACUAACCACUUCGGAGACAUGGUUCAUAGUCAGAAAUAUAACUACAGGUUAGGUAUGACUAUUUGGAAGAUAUUUAACAUGAAUGUUUGGUUUUUAAAGGCAACGCGUCUAUCAAUGUAAGCAUGACAAGAAUCUCCAAUGACAUGAGAAUACCAUUCAAUGCAUUAAGCCUGAAAAUUAAGUUCUGGAGUUGACAUUUGUUUAC